CAGGGUGAAUGAACCCGACGCUCCCCAGGUACCAGGGUGAAUGAACCUGACGCUCCCCAGGUACCAGGGUGAAUGAACCCGACGCUCCCCAGGUACCAGGGUGAAUGAACCUGACGCUCCCCAGGUACCAGGGUGAAUGAACCUGACGCUCCCCAGCUACCAGGGGGUUGAUGUGAUGUGUGUGUGAGAACGGACUCUCCCUCAUCAGUCUCAGUUAUCGGAUAUUUCCACCCAAGCGGAUAAUGGCCCUCCUCUCUCUCCAGUUACCCUUCAGAGUGUAGGGAGCCGAGACCACCUCACACACUUCCCUGACAGCUCUGCUUUGUUCCUGGGUGGUGACAUCAUGGCCGCAGGGUUGCCGAUGGGAACGGCGGCAGACUCACACACACACACACACACACACACACACACACACACACACACACACACACUUUUCAGAUCUCUCUCUGACGUCCAGGGGCUCUCGCUCUAACCCGUUCUUCUAAGACACCACUGCUAGAGAUGAGGCAGCCUCAGUCCACAAAACUUCCUGUGUCCCCGUCUGUCUGUCCUCAGAUGAACUCCCACCAGACCCAGCUCUACUCCCACCAGACCCAGCUCUACUCCCACUCCCACUCCCGGUGCCUCUAGAGCAAGGGUAUUGAACUCUGACCCCACGAGGUCCGGAGCCUGCUGGUUUCUGUUCUACCUGAUUUAGAUGUGAAACAAUGAAAAAAAAGCAGUGGAAUUGUCUUUGAGGUCCAGAUUAGAAUUUGAGGGCUCUAUAGGGGGCCCAUCAACCCAGGAUGCAGUGGGGCUCUGGUCCGGCCCAGCCCCAGCCACGAUGCCCAUCACUCAGGAGAACGCCCUGAGUCACCUCCCUCUGCUGGAGGACUGGCUCCUGGGGGCACAGACCAGGGACCAGGACCGCUAUGGAGACCCAGAUCAGCAGUCCACCACCAGCAGAGACCCGGACCAGGACUCCUACCAGGGGUCGGAACAUGAGGGGGAUGCCAGCGGAGGUACCAGCGGAGGUACCAGCGGAGGUACCAGCGGAGACAUGUCUCUAUGCCAGGCCGCUACACAGAAACUGGUGGAGUACAUCCAGCUCAACUUCACCGAGGACGAAGAGUCCAAGAACAUUGCACGACCCGCGACGCCGUGCGGAGGUGUGGAUGUGGAGGUGCGAGCCGUGUGCCUCGUCAAGCAAGAGGGGGACGGGGCAGAGUUGGGACUGAGUUUCGGUAACAUCCCUAUAUUCGGGGACCCGGAGGGGGAGCGGAGGAAGAAGGGAGGGAGGAGGAGGAGGAGGAAGGGGGAUCAGGGACCCGUGUUGGACGUGGGGUGUAUCUGGGUGACAGAGGUGAGGAAGAGAAGUCCGGUGGCGAGGUGCGGUAGAAUCAAACUACGAGACGAGCUGCUGUCACUCAACGGUCAGCUGAUGGUGGGCGUCGACGUCACGGGAGCCAGGUAG